AUGUUACAUAAGGUCACUGUAGACCACCCUGUGAAACUUCCAGUCAUGUACACUUGAUAAAAACAUAGGUUUGCAGAGAAACAGAAAGCUUCUAAGGCUUCUCUUGAGUUUGUUUAGUGUUGUUGGGACAACCCGCUUAGAGUUUUUGUGUUUUUUGGACUCACAUGUCAAGAAAGGCUGUAAGCCAAGCCUGCAGGAUCUCAGCGAGACCAGAUGUUACUGGACCUGACAAGGGAAUUAUAAGAUAGCAACACAGACAAGGUGUGUUGAGGACCUUACACAGUAAAAGACUCCAAUGUGGCGGAUUUUAUGAUCCCCGAAGUCAAGCUGCCGGUAAAUAUUUGACAGACGGCAGCCCGAGGAGACAGCUGACUUCAGACAGAACCUCAACAUUGAAUGCGCUGCCGGAGUCGUAAUUGAUUCUUUUUGAGUCGCUUCCACUAAACUUUUUCACUUCAGUCAUGUCAGAAGACAAAGAGCUGUCCUAUACGGAUGCCAUCAUGAAGGCCAGCAGCUCCUUCACUCGCUUCCCUCUCAUUCCAGUAAGAGGGAUUCCCCUCAUGAACCACAUCGCUAACAACUAUGACGCCGUCGCAGCUUUUUGUCCUGAUCCUUCAGACCUCCUCAUCGCCACCUACCCGAAAGCAGGUACAACAUGGACCCAGGAGAUCGUGGAUCUGCUUCUUCACAACGGAGAUGCUGAAAUCUGUAAAAGAGCCCCCAUAACGGUCCGGAGUCCUUUUCUGGAGAUCUGCUCCCCACCACCCAUCCCUUCAGGUCUUGAUCUCCUGAAGAAGACGGCCCCCCCGAGGAUUAUUAAGACACAUCUACCAUUUCAACUGGUUCCCACAGGGUUUUGGGAAAACAAGUGCAAAGUGAUCUACGUGGCCCGCAAUCCUAAGGACAACAUGGUGAGCUACUUCCACUUUGAUCAGAUGAAUAUGACCCAGCCUGAUCCUGGACCCUGGGAGGGCUACAUCCACAAGUUCAUGCGUGGAGAGCUGGCAUGGGGCUCCUGGUAUGAUCAUGUCAAAGGUUAUUGGGAGGAACGAGAGAAGAAGAACAUCCUUUAUCUCUUCUACGAAGACAUGAAAGCACAUCCUCGGCGUGAAGUGGAGCGCAUCAUGAGGUACCUGGAUGUGUCCCUCCCUGAUGAUGUCAUCAGCAGAAUCGUGGAGCUGACGUCAUUCAAGAAAAUGAAGGAGAACCCCAUGGCCAACUACAGCUUCAUUCCUCCUCCAGUUUUUGACCAGUCCAUCUCCGCCUUCAUGAGAAAAGGAGAAGUCGGUGAUUGGAAGAAUUAUUUUACGCCAGAAGAGUCAGCACAGUUUGAUGAGGACUAUGAGAAGAAAAUGAAGCACGUCAACAUACCAUUCCGAACACAGCUCUAAAUCGACUAGAUGGCGUUACUUCUCAAUAUUUACUACAAUUUAAAAUCCCAGUAAAAUCAAACAAUGUUUACAUAUUGUAGGCAUGAGACCGUUUGUUUAGUGGCAUGUAGACGCUAGUCUAUGGAUGCUAGCUAAGUACCAAGAUACAGUUUGCGGUGGUUUUCAUUGAUAUAACGGCAGACAUCUGCCUCGUACUUGAUAGCUGCUUGAUGCAUUCAGGAUUUGGAAUGUAGUAAAGAGUAGCAAAGAGUUAGAGAAUUAAAGAAAUCGUAUAAAGAAUAUUUACCGGCAAAACCUGUAAUGUAUGUAUUCAUCAUUAAUGUAUGCAUUUUACCCAUUAUAUACAUAAAUGACUUCUAUGUACAAUACAAUAAAUGUAAUCGUAUUACUACUGUGUAUUCAGACAAAUUUUACCA